GAACGUUUUCGAACAAGCCAUAACCAAACUGUCAGUGGGAAAGCCGCUCGUGGCUUUGUUUUUAUGAGAAUUUCAGGGAAAAUAAGGGAAAUUGCAAUGAAAUUCAUAGAUAUUGGCGCCAACUUGACGGACAGCAUGUUCCAAGGUGUCUAUGGGGGCUCCAAGAAACACGAAGCUGAUCUGGAUAUUGUGCUGAAGCGCAGUUGGAGCAUGGGAAUGCAGAAGAUCAUCGUGACCGUGGGAAGCUUGAGCGAUGUGGAGGAAGCAGCAAAAGUCAUUGAGAGAGAUGAUCGCCUGAAAAUGACUGUGGGAUGCCACCCAACAAGAUGUUCAGAAUUCCUCAAGGAUCCCGAGAAGUACUUCUCGGACUUGCAGGCGUCCAUUGAGAAGUACAAGGCAAAGAUUGUGGCCGUUGGAGAAAUCGGUCUGGAUUACGAUCGGCUGCACUUCUGCGAGAAGGAUUGUCAGAAGAGAUUCUUUGAGAAGCAACUAGAACUUGCUGAGACCUUCAAUUUGCCACUGUUCCUCCACUGCAGAAACUCUCAUGCGGACUUCAUAGAGAUUAUCGAGAAGAACAGGGAUAAAAUCAAGUGUGGAGGAGUUGUUCACUCUUUCGAUGGGAAUAUCGACGAAGCAGAGAAAUUGAUUGACAUGGGCUUCUUCAUUGGCCUCAAUGGGUGCUCCCUGAAGACUGAGGACAAUUUGCAAGUGGUUACUCUGUUGCCAGCUGAGAAGAUCAUGAUUGAAACGGACGCUCCGUGGUGUGGCAUUCGUCCGAGUCAUGCUGGUGCCGGAUUUGUGCAGACAAAGUUCCCAACGGUGAAGAGAAAGGAGAAAUGGACUCCUGACCACCUGAUUGAUGGAAGAUGCGAACCAGCACAGAUCUUGCAAGUCCUCGAAGUGAUUGCCGGAGUGAAGGGAGAGGAUAAAGAAAAACUUGCUGAUAUUUUUUACAAUAAUACCCUUAGUGUAUUUUUCCCUGAAAAUCGUCAAUAAACUCAUAUUUUCUUUGAUAAUUUUGA